CGACAAUCACCUUCAACAAUGUCAGUCACAGCGACCCAGCUCGAGGAGGGCAAGACAUCGGAGAGAUUUGAACUGGCAGACAAUGAACAUGAACAUGCCUCAAACGCGCCCCCGCCCGAAAACCCGAAGCUCGACCGAGCCACAUUCCUCAAGAUCAUCAGCGCCGGCUUCUCCUUCUUCGUGGCGGGCGUCAACGACGGCAGCAUCGGAGCCUUGGUCCCCUACGUGAUCCGAGACUAUGGAGUCAGCACUGCCAUUGUCUCAUCAGUUUACGGCGCAAGUUUCAUGGGCUGGUUCUUCGCCGCCGUAUCAAACACCCACCUAUGCCAAUUCCUGAACCUCGGCCCGAUGCUCAUGCUCGGCGCGGCACUGCAGGUGGUCGCGCAUGCCCUGCGAGCCUGGAAGCCGCCCUUCGCUCUCUACGUCAUCACAUUCUGGUUCGCCAGCCUGGGCCAGGCAUACCAAGACACCCACGGCAACACCUUCGUCGCCGGCACCAAGGCGGCCCACCGCUCGCUCGCCUUCAUCCACGCAAUGUACGCGGCCGGAUGCCUCUGUGGUCCAUUCGUCGCCACGGCCAUUGCUUCGGCUGGGACGCCGUCGAGGUGGUACCUGUUCUAUUCGUUCCCGCUGGGACUCGGGGUGGCAAAUGUGGGCCUCGUGUCCUAUGCGUUUCGGGAUAGCCUGGUGUUUAAUCGGAGGAAGCCAGAUCCUCCUGCUGCUGGUUCGGGACACAUCUCCGGCGACGCAGAGACGUCUCGAAACAAGGGCGCCCUGAGGCUCAUGAAAGAGACACUGGCGAACCCGAGUGUCUGGUUGCUGAGCCUGUUCUUCUUUUUCUUCCUGGGGGCCGCGCUCACCGCCAGUGGCUGGGUUGUCGAGUACCUUGUCGUUGUUCGAAAUGGAGAUCUGGCCCAGAUGGGUUACAUCCCAGCAGGCUUCAAUGGAGGGACUUUGCUGGGCAGGCUGCUCCUUGCAGAGCCCACACAUCGUCUGGGAGAGCGAAGGAUGAUAUUCAUCUACGCCAUCCUCAGCAUCGGUCUGCAGGUGUUGUUUUGGCUGGUCCCCAAUAUCAUAGCGGCGUCUAUUGCUAUCAGUUUACUGGGCUUUUUCAUGGGUCCCUAUUUUGCCACUGGCAUCUCGAUCGGCUCGAAACUCUUCUCGCCCGAGAUUCAGCCAACGGCUCUUGCGUUUGUAUUCGUCUUUGCGCAGAUCGGCGGGUGUCUGUUUCCGAUUAUUACGGGACUCAUCGCCUCCCAUGCUGGUGUAGCCGUACUGCAGCCUGUGUUGUGUGCCCUUCUCGCCGCGACCGCCAUCAGCUGGUUGUUUGUUCCCCGUCCAAAGGAGAGUGGAAACACGGCUCUACAUUCGGAGUGAUAAGGCAGUGCCACCGGUUCAAGCUCGUUUCCUUGCCGUGUCAUAGCCGGUUCACGACAAUAGGAGGUGAUUACUUCGCUGAGAUGGUGUGACAUGGCACUUUGGGAUGUAGAGGUGUAGUUAUUAAGGACCUUUCUGGUCUUCUAUCACGGUAUUGUGAUAUUCUUGAUGCGCUCUGAUAUUCGUCAAGCGCCAAACGCCCACAAGGGCUGCAUCACCAGGAAGUUGAUCAGUUCUCUAACUUGUGACAAUUAAUGAUUCCCCGAGAAUUCCAAGAAGAAGCAUGACUGGUGGUGAUCGAUUCAUUUGACGUUAGAUGUGAUUUGAUUUAUUGGGAGCUGGUCAUGGGAUUAUUCAACCAGGAGAUGUUGGGCUCGGGCCCAUGGUUCAGGGACUCAUCUGUGAC